GAGGGACUUCGUAGUGUAUGUGUUUCGGCUGUGGAAUGAGGAAGAGGCAAGUCUGAAAUAGUGCAGCCUCUUCACUCAUAUACGGAGGCAAGAAAGUUCUCGGUUGUGGAGGCAAUACCGUUGUGAUGCUAGAAGCAGCAUAAGUACACGUUGGAUGUCCCUGAGUAUGGAUGCUGACAUGCAAGAAGCAUGUUUGUCCAGGAGCUUGUGCUGAAACAACGGACUGAGAUACUGCAUGCCCUGUGCAGCAGCGGGUCAGCUGAACAUCUGGAACGGGUUCUGGACAUACUACUGGCCAAGGGGGAGCUCAUGUGGGAGGACUACCAGAACAUACAGGUGCCAGGACGGGCACUGUACACUAAUGCCAGGCAAUUACUUGACCUGGUUUAUGCAAAGGGAGUGGACAGUUGUGGAUUCUUCCUAGCUGCUUUCAAACAGGUCCUGCCUGAAGUGCAAGGGGUUGGCCUCCCUUUAUCAGGAUGCUGUUCAAAUUUAGAAGAAAAAGAAGAAAACCAGAGCACAUCUGCUCAGACUCUUCUGACCCAAAGACCAAGCCUGGUCAGCAAGCUACAAGGCUGCAUUGAUGGUGCUCUAGAAGCUCUAGUCAUUUCCGGACACUUCACCUCAGCAGAAUGCAACGAAGUGAGCCUACCCAUACACACCCCUUCUCAGCAGGCAAGGCGUUUGCUUGACCACGUCAGAUCAAAAGGAGAAUCAGCAGCGAAGGUUGUGCUGAAGUACAUUCAGCAAAAACAGGAAUCUGGAUCCCCACUGAACGAGGAGAAAUUUACUCCUCCCAAAGAGUUCUUAAAGUAUCAGAAGAAGCUCAGCAGUUCUGUGUCUGCCCAGUCCUGCUUUCUCAGUACCUACGGAGGGACCAGCCACAUGUCUCUGGAUGACAUCUACACUGAAGGCCAGCUGGAGCUAGCUCAUGACUGUGCUGAUGUUCAUGGACCUUUGGGCCUGGAGGACAUAGUAAGUACCGUGGGUACAGCGAACGAACAGGCCGACACAGUGCUAGUGUCUGGGGAGGCAGGUAGUGGGAAGAGCACGUUGCUCCAGAGGCUACACUUGCUUUGGGCUCGUGGGGCAGCCCUCCAGGAAUUUCUCCUUCUAUUUCCAUUCAGCUGUCGCAGGUUGAACUCAGAGCACAGGGAACUGUCUAUCCAAGAAUUGCUGUUUCAGCACUGCUGUUGGCCAGACAGGGAGCAGGAAGAGAUUUUCCAGUUCAUCCUGGACCACCCACAUCUCAUUCUCUUCACUUUUGAUGGCCUGGAUGAGCUCAAGCAGAGCUUUUCAGAUGAACACCGGCUCUGCUGCCCCACCCAGCGUGCACCUGUUCAUAUACUAUUGUUCAAUUUAAUCCAGGGUUCCCUAAUGAAGGGAGUGCGGAAAGUGGUAACUAGUCGCCCAGAGGCGGUGGGCCCUGUGUUGAAGAAACACCUUCACAAAGAGGUCCUCCUGAAAGGCUUUUCCCCAAGUGGGAUUGACUGUUUUGUGAGGAAGCAUCACAGUGACCCCACUGUGGCUACUAAGGUUUUGGAGUCCCUGCAGACAAACACUGCUUUACUUGGAUUGUGUCAUAGCCCAGUCCUCUGCUGGAUUGUCUCACAGUGCCAUAAGGAGCUGCUAGGCUGUGGAGAGGGCAGUCCACAAACAAUCACAGACGUGUACCUAAUGAUCUUACAGCAUUUUUUCCAGCACCAAAGCUCGCUGAAGAGCACUGUGGGAUUAGGCUGGCUUCAAGAGCAUCUGAAAACAGUCUUGCAUCUAGGGCAGCUUGCCUUUGAAGGGGUAGGAGCCACCUGUUACAUUUUCUCAGAUACAGACCUGGAGACAUGUGGUGUAACUGAAAAGGAUAUCUGCAUGGGCUUUCUCAUACAAAGCAAAGAUAUGUCCUCCACCCACAGUAAACGCUAUGAAUUCCUUCAUGUGACUAUUCAGUGUUUCUUUGCUGCUCUGUACAUUGUUUUGUCAAAUAACACUAACCGCUCAACUAUCCCUAAGCUCUUUGAGAACAAGGACAUGAUGGAGACAGAUCUGACCAGCGCAUGCCUCAGGUCCUGCUUGCCUUCUUCUUACCAACAAGAGUGGGCUUUAGAGAGCGAAGCUACAGCAGCUGAAACCGCAAAUCUGCAAAUCACAGCGACCUUUUUGUCAGGGCUGCUGUCCCAGCGCCAUCAAAGCCUGUUGCUCCACUGCUGCCCCAGUGGAAUGCUGGAGAAGAGGGCAGGACAGGUGGUGAGAUGCCUGUCCAAAGGCAUGCAGAAACACUUCAAGUCUAUCCCUCAACCUAUAGAGGGGGAGAAGAAGAGCAUGCAUGCCAUGCCAGACUUCGUCUGGCUUAUCAAAUGCAUCUAUGAAAUGCAGGAGAGCAGGAUUGCUAAGGAGGCCAUGAGCAAGCUGCAGGUGGACCACCUGAAACUGACCUACUGUAACAUUGGUCCUGUAGAGUGCACUGCACUAGCCUAUGUGCUCCAGCAUUUGAGGAAUCCUGUAGGCCUCGAGCUGGACAACAACUCGGCGGGCGAUGUUGGAGUGGAGCAGCUUCUUCCCUGCAUGCACAUUUGUAAUUCCCUGUACCUCAGGAACAAUAACAUUACAGAUGAGGGGAUCCGCAAACUGAUUGCUAAAGGUAUCCAAUGUGACAACUUCCGGAAAAUUGCGCUCUUCAACAACAAGCUAACUGAUGCUUGCACAAAGCACUUUUCUCAUCUUCUGAAGACCAAGCAGGAUUUCCUUUCUCUAAGGCUAGGCAACAAUAAUAUAUCAGCAGAGGGAGCAAAGCAGCUGGCAGAGGGACUGCAAUUCAACCAUUCACUGCGGCAUUUAGGGCUUUGGGGCAAUAAGAUAGGUGAUGCAGGAGCAGAGGCCCUUGCCAGAGCCCUAGACAGCAGCAAAUCUCUGGUGUGGCUUAGCCUGGUGGGCAAUGGUGUAGGGAGUGCAGGAGCGUGCGCCCUAGCAAACAUUGUCAAGAACAGUACAUCACUGGAAGAGCUUUGGUUGACAGAGAACUGCAUAACCAGAACAGGGGUGGAAUGUCUGAUUGAAGCCCUAGAACACAGCGCUCAUGUGAAAUCAAUAUGGUUGAGAAACAAUGACCUCAGUUUGGAGGAAGUAAAAGAGAUGACACAACGUGAAUCAAGACUGAUUUUCUGAUUUUGCAUUAAGCUGUCUGAGGACUGAGUAGGACUGUGCUUUAAGAACUGUUUCUAUUUAUUACUGAAAUAUUUUAUAUUAAAAAUAAUAUGUGAAAUGUAAAAUGUGUUUGUGUAUUCUGGUUAGAGGAACAAAAUACCACUUUUCAGGGUUUAUCCAAAUACACAAAGUAUAUUGAGCAAUAUCUUGGGUUUCUUUUGUCGGUGUAGGUGGUGAUAGGAUCCCAUAACACCACCACCACCACCACCAUCGCUAGUAGUAUUACAACUACUACUAUAAUAAUAAUAAAACAAUUUGUGCAAGUGUAUUUUAUAAAAACAAGCAGUUUGUCUCUACUAAUAAGAGGUUGCCUGUUGUCA